ACAGUUUACACGGCCAGGGUACAAGGUGGUGUUAGCUACGCCCAUCUCCGCUAAUUAGUAUGCAAUAUCAGCCUUUGAGCUACAGCUUUAGGGAAGAAAGUGUCAGAAUGGCCCUUCACGAAGUCAAGCUUUGUCUCCUCGGGGAAAGUGGUGUUGGCAAGACCUGCAUUGUUAACAGAUUUGUAUCAGAUCUAUUCUCUGAACAUGAAAGUUUAACUGUAGGAGCUGCCUUCACUACCAAGACAGUGCGUGUGGAUGACAACUCUAUCCUCUUCCAGAUAUGGGACACUGCAGGACAAGAGAAGUAUCGAGGGCUUGCUCCGAUGUACUACAGAGGAUCAUCAGCAGCUAUUGUAGUGUAUGACAUCACUAGUGAGAGGAGCUUCAAUGAGAUGCAGACAUGGAUUACUGAGCUGAGGCAGUUGGGACCUCAGAACCUGGUCCUGGCUAUAGCAGGGAACAAGUUGGAUCUAGAGUCAUCACGACAAGUGUCCACAGCAACUGGAGAGACGUUUGCUAAGAAUGCAAAUGCUAUUUUUAUGGAGACGAGUGCUAAAGAUGGUCAUAACGUACAAGAACUGUUCAAGGAAAUUGCUGAGAGUCUGCCGCUGGAUAAGAUUGCACUGGAGAACAAAUCUAGCACUUUAAAACUCUCUCGAUCUUCUCAAAAGAAAGAGAACAAUUGCACUUGCUAAUAAAAUAGAGUUUUUUUUACUUCUGUUUAUGUUAUCCGUUAUACAAUCUCUUCACAGUAGAAGUUGUUGUGCAUAUUUUGUGGUUGGAAUAACAAUAACAUGAUACACA